AUGGCCACGCAAGAAUCCGCUGUUACGAAACGCCUGGCAACAGUGAAGCAUAUCAUCCUGGUGCUUUCGGGGAAAGGAGGAGUGGGCAAGUCGUCGGUCUCCACGCAAUUGGCACUCAGCCUGUAUGCCUCGUCUCCGACCGCACGGGUAGGGAUCCUGGAUGUGGAUCUUACAGGUCCCUCGAUUCCGCGAAUGUUUGGUGUGGACGGGCACGGUGUGCAUCAGAGCACUAGUGGGUGGGUGCCGGUGUACGCUGACGGUGCCGCUGCCCGAUUGGCGUGCAUGAGCGUUGGGUUUCUCCUAAAGAAGAAGGGGGAUUCCGUGGUAUGGCGAGGGCCGAAGAAGAACGGGAUGAUUAGGCAAUUCCUGAGCGAUGUGCGGUGGGGCGAGCUGGACUAUCUGGUGAUAGAUACACCACCUGGUACUUCGGAUGAACAUUUGUCGUUAAUGGAGCACCUGGCGGGGGUGCAUUCGCGGCUGUCUGCUGUUAUCGUGACGACACCACAGGCUGUCGCACUCAUGGAUGUAAUGAAGUGUCUAUCGUUCACACGGACGGUGAACCUGCCUGUUCUGGGUCUGAUUGAGAACAUGAGCGGAUAUGCCUGUCCCUGUUGUGGAGAGAUCUCGAACGUGUUUUCGACCGGCGGAGGAGAGGAGAUGGCGAAGAAAGAGGGAAUACCGUUUCUGGGGAGUCUACCGGUGGACACCGAACUUGUAUCACUGCUGGACGGGGAGGCGCCUGUCGAGGAGACAGAAACCCAGGGAUUUGGACUGGUUACACGGUAUCAGAAGACUCCAACCGCAAAAUUGUUUUCUGGGAUUGCGAGUGGUGUGAUUGCUGGGCUGUAG